AUGACUGUUUCUGAAGAAGAUAAGAAUGUUAACAUCGAUGUUUUUCAAUCUAUUCAAUGCUCAUCAAUUGAUGUGCAUGAUGUUUUAUUGAGUGAUGUACACAUACGUCAUGGUGAUGUUGUCAAGCGAGAUAAUCGAGGUUGUAUAAUAUCAGGUGAUUUAUUUCGUUAUAUAGCGAUUUCAGCUUAUGCAUCACUGUUAAUUUUUAUAAUUAAUACAUUACCUACUGAAUUACAAAACAAGUAUUUGAUCACAAUUUAUAGUGAAGGUGUAAUAGAUGAUUUUCAUGAUAUACUCAUCGAUUUAAAACAAGCUUUGCCUGAAACACGCUGUCAUGUAUCAUUUUUCUUAAACGGUCGAACAUCAGAAACAUUUAAUCGGUUACUACGCGAUGAUAUUUUAAUUAGUGCAUUAAGUACAUUUAGUAUGGCUGCUGGUAUAUUUAAUAGUCGACAAUUAAAAAUAGAGCCAUAUCAUAAUCGAGCCAGGGUACAUGGUAUGAGAAACCAUUUAAGUUUAAGUUUAAAUACAAACCAUACUAAAUUUCAAAUUACAGAAGAAAAACAGCGAUUAAUUAAACAAAGAAUACAAGACGUCUGGAAACAAAAACAAGCACAGCAAAAGACUCCUAUUCCAUUGUAG